AUGAAGGAAAAUUUAACAGGAGGGAUAUAUCCCAAUUUUUAUGAUAUUUACGCACCCAGUGCUCCACCACUGUAUUUGCUAGAGGAAGAUGAAAAAAGCCAUAAAAGAUCUGCUUUGUUUGAGAAAAAAGAAAAUUUUUGGUGUUAUAAAUGCAGAAAGCAAGCAAGGAGGAGCAAUCGCAAGAGAAGAAGAAACAUUUUUUAUGAGGUAAAGAUGAAUAUAAGUUUAGUUUAUCAAAAAUCACUUAUAAAAAUAAAAAGAAUUUUGUGGAGGAAUCGACUAUACCCUGAGGAUCCUGAUUUUUGGGCACAAGGGAUUGAAAAUAUCUUUUAUGAUUCAUCAUUUGUUUGCUAA